GGUCACGUGAAUACUCGGGGAGAGGGCAGAGGGGAGGGGUGACAAAGAUGGCCGACGAGGCAGGGGAAGUAAACACAGCUGUUGAGGAUGGCGAAGCAAAACAACAGCUAGAUGAGCCCGAAGUUUCCGGAGCCGCCACCAACGGCGAUUCCGGCGGCGAAGACAGGCAGGACCGAGCAGAGAAGUCGGCUCCGGCGGCGGCAGAGAACAGUUGGUCGGCUCCUAUCCUGUCUCUGGCUCGGAAGGCCACAGAAACGAUUAGCAGCGGGGUGAGCUACGUUGCUGCCCCGAGAAAUCCCUCACAGGGAUCCGCUGCGAGCUCCCCGACGGAAAGGGAGGCCGAACAUGAUCUCACUAACACUGCAAAAACGCUUGCAGUCCUGCCCCCCAAAAACCCCAUGGCGAUAGAAAGAUCCAACCUCCUCAGCAUGAUGAAGCUGAGCAUCAAGGUAUUAAUUCAGUCCUCCUUGAGUCUGGGCAGGACGCUCGACUCGGAGUUCCCUCCUCUACAGCAGUUCUUUGUCGUCCUGGAGCAUUGCCUCAAACACGGGCUGAAAGCCAAGAAAACCUUCAUUGGUCAAAACAAGUCCAUAUGGGGACCUCUGGAACUGGUUGAGAAGGUGUGCCCAGAGUCCGCUAACGUUGCCACAAGUGCCAGAGACCUGCCGGGCAUUAAGACCGGUUUGGGGAAAGCAAGGGCUUGGCUGCAUUUAGCGCUCAUGCAGAAGAAAGUAGCUGACUAUAUGAAAGCUUUGCUGGACCGCAAAGAUCUCCUGAGUGAGUUUUAUGACUCUGGAGCACUGAUGGUGGAGGAGGAGGGGGCGGUGAUGGGGGGACUGCUUGUGGGCCUCAACGUAAUUGACGCUAACCUCUGUAUUAAAGGGGAGGAUCUUGAUUCUCAGGUGGGAGUCAUCGACUUCUCCCUUUAUCUGAAAGACCCUGUCAACAGUGACACUCCAAAAGAUGAUGGCAAGAUGACAGCCAUAUUAGAUCAGAAGCACUACAUUGAGGAGUUAAAUCGUCACCUAAGUGGCACCGUCACUGACCUUCAGGCUAAGAUGGACUCUCUAGAGAAGACCAACAGCAAACUUGUGGAGGAGCUGACAGCAGCAACAGACAGAAUCAACUCUCUGCGGGAAGAACACGAACAGCUAAGAAAGGAGAAUGAGUCGAUCUUGCAGUCCAGCCAGAAAAAGGAAGAGGCAACCCUUCAGGACAGCCAGGUGGAGCUGGAAACAUACAAACAGACUCGACAGGGCCUGGAUGAGAUGUACAGUGUGGUGUGGAAGCAGUAUAAAGAGGAAAAGCGCAUUCGCCAGGAGCUGGAGCGUGAGCUGGAGCUCCAGGUGGGCCUGAAGCAGGAGAUUGAGGUGGCCAUGAAGCUACUGGAGAAGGACACACAUGAGAAACAGGACACGCUGGCAGCCCUGAGGCUCCAGCUUGACCAAGUCAAGAAUCUUAACUUGCAAAUGUUUCACAAAGCUCAGGACUCUGAACGAGAAGCAGAAAAAAAGCAGGCGGAGGCUGUGCAGCUUGAGCAGAAGAUGGACGAAAUGGAGAAAGCCAUGGUGGAACUAGAGCAGAGACUACAGAACUCGGAGCGAGAGCGCAAACAAAGUGACCAGUCAGACAAAGAUAUGAGGGUGGAGCUGGAAGGAAAAGUGGAUGCUUUGCAGAAACAACUGACGGACCUGGACACACUAAGGCUGGGUUUGGAAAAUGAGCUGCGCACUGAGAGGGAACAGAGACAGAGUCUGCAGAAAGCUCUCCAGCGGGAACAGGACAACAGCAUCGAGCUCCGCACACAGCUGCAACAACUCCAGGGCCUGCACACGGAGCUGCAGGAUUUGAAGCAGGAGAAGCAGCAGCUGCAGCAGACAUGUGAGCAGCAGGAACAGGCUCUACAGGAGAUGGGACUGCAUCUCAGCCAGUCUAAACUUAAAAUGGAGGACUUCAAGGAGGUCAACAAGGCUCUAAAGGGCCACGCCUGGCUGAAAGAUGAUGAGGCUACUCAGUGCAAGCAAUGCCAGAAGGAGUUCUCCAUCGCACGCAGAAAGCACCACUGUAGAAACUGUGGAGACAUCUACUGCAACAGUUGUUCCAGUAAUGAGCUGGCCUUACCCUCCUACCCUCGACCUGUGCGGGUGUGUGAUAUGUGCCACACCCUCCUGCUGCAGAGAAGCACCUCCACACGUUCCUGACAAGACACCUACAAGCUUAAAUGCUUCUACAAGAGCUUUCUAACACUGCACAUAUUCAUCCACUAUGAUUUUUAACUACUUAUGUUAAUAGAAAAAUGUCAUCAAAUCUUGGAAAUGUGAUUUGGUGUUUCAUUUCCACUGUUACCUGAAAUUCAGGAACAUUAGUUAAUCUGUAUUAAAUAAGGGGCCACCUUUUAACACUGAUGGGAUGAGCUAAUAUACUUUAUGCAGAUUGUAUGUUGAAGUAUGCUUUAGAGUUUGAGUAAUAGUUUACAGUUUCUUUGGGCUGGACUAACAUCAGUUUGACAAUUUGGUACUUGAAAAACUGAUCAUUGUAAAGUGUGUAGUUUUUCCUAAUUCAAACCAUGGAUGUUGAGAUCCCAUCAUGUUCACUUUUGGUUUUCAGCAGCAAUCAUUUGUGUAGCUGGUUGAUAAAGAACACGUGUACUUCACUUUGAUAUUGACUUGUCAUGCAUCUACUCUAACAAUUUUUUACAGCUAUGGCCCCACUGCUGGAUACAUGCAAAAUUGUGUAAAUGACUGUAGAAUGUUAACAAAAAUCUAACUAUUUUAGAAUGUAUUAUAACAGGGUUUUGUUGAUUGUGAUAACUGCUACGAAGCCAUUUUUUUUUAUUUGAGAAUGGUGACCAAAAGUUUUUUUUAUCUAGAUAUUUCAUAAAUGAAUAAAGCCUC